AUGCUCCCGCACGAGCUCUGCGCCCGCCUCACCAACGCGUCGCUCGCACGGCACCGCUGGGUGCCCCUCGCGCCGACCAAGCAGCACCUGUCGCUCCUGUCGCUCCUCCUCUCGCACGGCUUCGUCUCGGCCGUCUCGUACGGCUCGACCUCGACCUCGGCCGCCGUGCCCCCGAACCCGGCCUCGUUCGCGACCGCGCGCCUGAGCGACCGCCGCGUGUGGGCCGAACUCAAGUACCGCAACGACCGCCCCGUCCUCGACAAGAUGCGCCUCGUGAGCCACCCGAGUCGGCGCGUCUUCAUGGACUCGGACGAGGUGCGCCGGUUCGUCAAGGGCAGCCGCGUCAAGUUCGUCCCCGGCCUCGGCCUCGGCGAGGUGGCCCUCAUCGCGAGCAACGAGGGCUACGUCGAGGGGCGCGAGGCCGUCCGCAGGGGACUCGGCGGCGAGGUCAUUGCGCGCGUGGGCUGA